UGUACGUAGCCAAGUCUCUAUUGGCAAGCAUCGCACAUUGUAGGCUAAAGCAAUGGCUAAACUCAUUUGUAAGAUACAUUUACAAUAGCCGACAUGCAGCCCACGAUGUCGGUUCAACACCCCGAAGAAGAAGGCGCCCUUGAAGAAAGGAACGGAUUCUUUAUUGAACCAGAAUACACAUGGGAUGAGGGGCAGGACAAUGUAGACCAUCACAGACUUAUUUUACAAAAAGCAGAUGCACUUGCUUCAGAAAACAAUCUCAAAGAAGCUCUCGAUAUGUUCUCAAUGGCUUUGAGAUACGGUUCUGUUCGCCCAGAGCAGUUGAGUACUUUAGUGGAUUGUGUACUGCGCAACUUCAAGAAAAAACUGGCAAAAGACGAGGCGCCUUCGGAACGAGCGCUCGAUGUUAAAGACAACGCCAGCGAGGAAGAUAUUUUUGACUGUCCGAAUUGUCAUAGAUUUUUUGGAGAGCCAGUUACUAUCCGCUGUGGACAUACGUAUUGUAAAAGAUGUUUACAACAUAAUUUAUUCUUAAAAUGCAAGCGGUGUAGCGAACCGAUAGCACUUGGAGGUAGGCCAAUGGUGCUGAAAACGAAUGUGAUUCUAUUUGGACUUUUGGAAAAGUGGUUUCCGAACGAAACGAAAAGGUCUAGAACUAUUUGUGAAAUUGAAAACUUGUCAACAAGCAGCGAUUUCGAGGGGGCCAUAUCGCUAGCGACAGAUUUGAUUGAAUCAGAUCCUGUGGAUGAGGCGGUGCGGUGGUUGCGGGUGGAAGCCUACAACAGGCUCCGGCAGUACCAGCUGGCCCUGGAAGAUGCCGAACUCUGUCUUAGCUUGAACCACUCUGCAGAGGGUCUCUACUGGAAAGCCAAGGUGCUCCAGGAAAUGGGCGAGACGGACGACUCACUGCAGGUGUUCCUUCACUGUCUGGCCGUGAACGAGGACUUCAUCCUGGCCAAACGGGAGGUGGAAAUGAUACUGCACGACCUGCUGUCUCCAUCCGGUGAGAACCUGAAAGUGGGCCUGAGGGAAACGGCGCACAUCACCUCACCACACCUACGCAGUAAAAUGCCAGCAACAGACUCCCAGGCCAAAGCCCGGCAUCCCGCCCUGAACCAGGCCCAUGCACGCAUCGCCUCGCCCCAUCCUGCCAAGGACACCCAGCACGCGAAUUCGGGUGGUUCUGAGAAUCUGGAGCAUUCGGGACUCAGCCGCACCCGCUCGCUGCGAGGGAACGGAGUGGACCGAGGUCUGGCUGUUGUGUCGGAGGGUCUGAAACGUGUGUGUUCCGCGCCCCAACUGGGGGACCAGGAGAAAGGCACGCUGCUGAAGAGAAAGCUGUCGACAUCCGAGGGCGGACCGCACGUCGUCUACAGCCAUGGGAGCAAGCACAAGAAACAAGGAGCAGCAGGUGGUUGGGUGAGACGCGGGCCCUCGGCCCGGGGCCACAGAGAGGUUCCCAGGGAUCUGCUGGACCCCAACGACCUGGAAUGUUCCCUCUGCAUGAGGUUGUUCUACGAGCCGGUGACGACGCCGUGCGGCCACGCCUUCUGUAAGAGCUGCUUGGAGCGCUGUCUCGACCACACGCCCCAGUGCCCUCUCUGCAAGGAGAGCCUCAAAGAGUAUCUAGCAACCCGGAAGUACAUGGUGACCUCUGUGCUGGACAGAGUGAUAAAGCAGUACCUGUCUAAAGAGCAUUUGGAGCGACAACUGGAGGAGACCCAAGAGCUCUCAGAUCUGAUGAAGAACGUGCCCAUCUUCGUGUGUACCAUGGCCUACCCGACCGUGCCUUGCCCCCUGCACGUCUUCGAGCCGCGCUACCGCCUCAUGAUCCGCCGCUGCAUGGAGACGGGCAUGCGCCAGUUCGGGAUGUGUAUCAACGACGCCCAGAAAGGGUUUGUGGACUACGGCUGCAUGCUGAUCAUCCGGAGCGUCCACUUCCUCCCAGACGGGCGUUCCGUGGUGGACACCAUCGGGGGGAAGAGGUUCCGGGUGCUAACCCGCGGAAUGAGGGACGGCUACUCCAUCGCCGACAUCGAGUAUCUGGAGGAUACCAGGGUGAGAGACGGCCAGGAGCUGACCCAGCUGGAGCAGCUUCACGACGCCGUGUACGAGCAGGCGCGCACCUGGUUCCAGAACCUCAAGAACCGCUUCCGCAAUCAGAUCCUGCAGCAUUUUGGCCCCAUGCCCGAGAGAGAGCCUGACAUCCAGGCGACUGCCGACGGGCCGGCAUGCUGCUGGUGGCUCUUGGCCGUGCUGCCCAUCGACCCCCGCUACCAGCUGUCAGUGCUCUCCAUGACCUCGCUCCGGGAGCGCCUGGUCAAGAUCCAGCACAUCCUCUCCUACCUGCAGAGCAUCCCCAGCGAGUAGAAGUCAAGCUUCCAACCCAGAGAUGGCUCAAGGACCUAACCGAGGGGGAAAACUUUGUUCGAAGCCUGGACAUCGCAUUUUUUUUUCUUUUUUCUUUUUAUGUAAUCAAGGAAAACACUGAUGGAUGAUCCAGACCAGUAACCCGGUUACAGGAUGGAUUCGCGGAUUAACCGCGUUGAAACUGAACACUGAGAACGCUUCAACGGCGCCCGCUCCAGAACGCGCACCACACUGGCGCUGACACAGGGCUGAGAUCUCCUACCGCCUUCGGUGUCCACCCGGCGAUACCGACUACCUCCUCCCCGUGAUCCAGAACCUUCCCGCCCUGGCCUCCUGCGACCCGGUAGACCUGACCAGGCUCCCCACUGUUGCCGAGAGACCAAUGAUCCGUUUGUUAUUUAUCCACGUGAGAUGUCUCUGCGUGACACCUGGAUUGGGGAAACCUCAACUAGACCUCUGGCCGAGAAGCGCACAACACCCCCACACACACAAGCGAUAAUGCCAAGCCGCAAGGUCACUGCUGCACACUCCAGUUAGGCUACAUCUGCGAGAAGCUAGCGAGAGAGAUUCUGAGAUUGUGUUUUUUUUU